CCAAUCAUACCGCGUUAUCAUUUGCAUGACCGUUACAGCACAUGUAUACUGGCAACGACAUGACAGGGUCGUCGCGGCCAAGAGCGUCUUCUCCGUUCUUCACGGUCGAAGAUGCCAAGGCGUCGUUCAACUUGUUCUGCUGCGUGUAUGGUAUCGGUACGCUGGGUAUGCCAGGGAACUUUGCCCGUGCGGGCCCGGUGUGCGGCACCAUUGCCCUUGCAUACAUGGGCCUCGUCAACGUGUAUGCGUCCGUCGUGUGCAGCAGAGUCAUGGUGUUGGCUCCAAGAUCAGUCAAAACGUUCGCAGACCUUGGAGAAUUCGCGCUCGGUCGGCGGGGUCGCGUUGCUGUCGUGGUGUCCCAGAUGGGUGUGUGCUUGUUCGUGCCGUGCGCUUUCCUUGUCCUCGGUGGCACUCUUCUGGACGUUAUCAUCCCUGACGCGUUCUCACCGGUGGUAUGGAGCGUCCUGAUGUCGAUUUCGAUUCUGCCAAUUGCGUUGAUCCCAACGUUGAAGGAAGGCGCCGGCGCCGCCUUGGCCGGAUGCCUCGGCACCAUCCUCGCAGACUUUAUUGCGGUCGGUGUUCUCAUCCAUUAUCUCUACCAUGCAUCUCCACAGCCCGUACCGUCGCCGACAAUCUCGUUUGACAGCAUCGUGUCAACGUUCGGCAACUUGUCUCUGGCGUACGGUGCCGCCAUCGUCAUUCCCGAUCUGCAACGCCAGCAUUCGCAGCCAACCCGCAUGCCCCGCGUAGUCUUUGUCACAAUGACGAUAAUCACCGCCCUCUUUGUGGCCAUUGCGUCGACGGGGUACGCCAUGGUGGGGUGUCAGAUCCCAGGCAACUUGCUCUUUGCAGUGUCAGGACGAGCGCUCGGCUUCACCGCGGCACGAGGUGCUGUGGUUUUAGCUUUCAUGGCCAUGCAGCUUCACAUCACGAUUGGAUUCUCCGUUCUGCUGCAUCCUGCGUUUUACUACGUCGAGCAGCUGGUGCUUGGAGUCCACCACCCACCCCGACACAAAUUCCAGGCUCUUUCAGACACCGAGGCAAGCGAAGACGGAAAUCAGCAUGACGAUGUCGUCGACUUGGAGUCCAGCAAGAUGCAACUGCAGCAUGACAGCGUGGAUAACUCAGCCUUUCCUCAGCCCUGCCGUUCAUCGCUUUCCUUGGAGCCCAUCGCGGACAACGAAGCGGGUACAAUCAACGAUUCCGCCGCAUCGUCAUCGUGCCACCGAACGCACACCCCAUCCUUAAUGUCGCGACCUGAGGAAGAAGUCGAACACUCGGCGAACACCCCGGAAACGGCCCACGUGCCCGGCAAAGCAGUUGCCCGCAGUGUGAUCCGCACUUGCAUUGUGGCUGCGCUCACGUUGGUGUCCGUAGUGCUGCACGACCACUUUCACGAGCUUGUGGAUCUCGUCGGCGCUUCCAGCGUGUCGUUGAGCUGCAUCGUGUUACCCAUAUUGUGCUACCUCAAGGUCUGUCACACCGACAUAGGCGUUGUCGAACGGUCCUUUUGCUACUUUACCAUCACGGUGUGCACCAUCUUGAGUGUGUAUGUGACGGCGCAGAGCGCGAGCAAGAUGUUGGUGGCCAGGACGGCCGCGUCGGACGUAGUGUUUCCGUAUUGUCCGGUCCCGUUUCAACACUUUGCGUACACCAACUCGACGCACUACUCAGCCAUCCGCCACCACUAGGUCUUCACAAAUAUGCAGCGCGAUAAAACCAUUUCAUUCUCGUGGCUGCGAUACCUUUCAACGAC